GUUAAGAAAGCGCACCAGAAUAUGCGACAGGAACACAUUAUGAACAUGACGUCAUUAUACAAAUAGUAUUGAAACCAGAUGUUACUUCCCUGCAAUUUGGUAUAUAGAUUUUAAAGUUUACAUUGCAGGUAUAAUGGAAGAUUCAAUUAAAUCUGGCACGCGGUCAAUGGAAGCACGUGCAAGGGCCAAGAGAGCGGCUUCCGCGUCUAUGAGAGGAGAUCUGGCACCUAAUUCGAUGACGUUUGUCAACGACGGCAAAACAUCGCACAUUAAACGCAAACCAAACGACAGCGACCCAGUCGACGGCACCGCUCAAAGCGACAAAUCUACCUAUACCAAGCCUGGAUCGGGAAACGGGAAAUCUUUCACCUUUUCGGGGAUUAAAAUAACCCAUGAUGGUGCACGCGCCGGCACUUUUCGACCUGGCCAAUUUACCUACACCACAUCAGGAAACGGUAAAUCUUUCACCAACGGACAAAACUUUUCGGGGAUUUACACAUCCUAUAGUGGCGCGGGAACCGGCACUUCUCCAUCUGCCCAAUUUACCUACACCACCUCAGGAAAUGGUACAUCUUUCAACAAUUUUGGCGCAGGCACCCAAUGUGUCAAUAUCAAUGUACCAGGAAUGGGGAGCAUUUUCAACAACGGAAGAAACAUGACAGUUGUCAAUAAUAGAGGUAGCUGCAGUAUCAUCCAGACCGGAGGCAAGACUGUCAUUUACUGUGACGAAAAUGAUACUUCUAUUUAUAGCACCGGCACCGGAAAUGUGACUGUUGUGAACAGUGGGACGAAGAGACCCUCGACCAACCAGGCCCAGAGUGAAUCAAGUGCCAAGAGAACCAGAGUGGACACUAACGGGAACUACUGGCAGUCUGACUCCUCGGAAGAGUAUUCGGAUGAUUGGCUGUCUAUGUUUAACCUUUCAUAAACUCGUGCCAGUAGUAGCUCAUCCAGACAUUCACGCACAUAGACACACAGCGACUAGACUCACAUACAAGCUCACAGACUCGCAUACUUAGACACAUACAGAAAAAUAUACAGACACACAUGUAGACACACAUACAGACACAUAAGGAUAUACAUUUAGACGCACAUCUAGACACAUAUACAGACACACAUAUAAACAUAGACACAUAUAAGGAUACACAUUUAGACGCACAUCUAGACACAUAUACAAACACACUUACAGACACAUAUACAGACACACACACAGACACAUAUAAGGAUACACAUCUAGACACACAUCUAGCACACAUACGGACACCCAAACAGACACACAUACAGACACACAACAGACACACAUACAGACACACAUAGGGAUGGACACCCAAACAGACAAAUUCAUAUACACUUACAAGUACGCGUACAAGCUUAGUCGGACGUGGAUACAGAUUCAUGCACAUGCAUACAGACACACAUAAUAAUAAACACAGGCUUAUAUACACAUACACUGACGCAUUCUCCGGCUGAACCAUGUGUUAAAUUUACAUACUGACUACACUAGCAUGGCUUGCUUAAUUAUUACAAUGCACAUACCAUGCUGAAAGUCAAGCCUAAUUAUUACAAAAAUAAUUCGGUCACGCGUGCGAGGUGGGAAUGUGUGUAUGCCUGCUUGUGGUCUGUUCCACCUCCCGUCAUAAAUUAAACUGUAC